AUGUCCACAUUCACAGCCCUCAUCCAAAAUCUUACCGCCCUCUAUUCUACCCUGCACCUCUUUCACCACCGCAAUAAAAAUCAACACCGUCUCUCAAAAUGGUACUUUUAUUUCUCCCAGUUCCGGCGCCAGGUUCAGAAGCUGGUCAAGGAGAUCGAAGCGUAUGAUGCGGCGCGCAAGCUGAGUGCCAAGUCGAGGUUUACGAGGGAGGCUGAGGAGAGACUGCGGGCUAGAAUAGGGCUCUUGGCUGGAGUCGGAGGAGGGGGAGCGAGUGAUGGUAUGGUGGGGGAUUGGUUUCUCGCCUUCUCAACAUUAGUGGCUGAUAACCAGUACUCCACCUUGGGCCUUAUGCUACUUGGGUCUCUAGCAAGGUUCCAGAGUCUACUCGUUGACGCUGGGAGCGAGGUUGGUAUUGAGGUAGAUCUAGUUGUCGGUAGCCAGGUCGAAAGCGAAGGCGUAAAGGAGCUCCUGCUGGUUGAGGGAGAGCAGAGGGGCUAUGGUGAUGAUUUGGGGGAGGUGGUUGAGAGGGCCGUAUUAAAGGACUUGGUUGGUGUAGAAAAGGAAGACGAUAUGGAGGACAAGAUUAAGGACGAGGAUGUUGAUGACGGGGUGGUUGACUCCAAGAAAAGAAAGAAAAGGAAACAAGACUUCGUAGGAUCGAAGACUGAGAGAUUGGCGAAGUCAACUCCCACGCAGCCCUUGAAGAAGAAGAAGAAGAAGCGGGAAAAGGGUGAUGCGUUUGAUGAUCUAUUCGGUGGCCUAAUAUAA